GAUGCUGCAGUUGGGAUUCGUCGGAGACACGCGCACACACCUACCUCAUCGACGCCGCCGAGCCUUGUAGUCUGCCAGCCCAUAGGCGUGUGCGACCAGAGCGACCUGCCAGAGACGGCCUAGAGACAAAUCAACGUUUUCUCUUCUCAAAAUUCCAAAGCAUUUAAUCGGUCGCCUUGCCUCCUUUGUGUCGACCGUCGCUGUAUUGACGCCUUGGGAUUCCCUACCUGAUCGCCAUCAUGUUGAAGAAUCUCGUCCUCUCCUUUUUGCUGCUGACCGUCGCGUCUGUGCAGGCGAUCUGGCCGAUUCCUGAAACCCUCAGUACGGGAAACCAGACUUUGUGGAUAGGGGACGUCCUGCUGGUUACAUAUAAUGGAGAAAAACUCCCCUGGGUCCGGAACUACAGACCGUUUGGCGGUCCCACGUUCUCCAGCAAGGAGAUCGUCAAGGGUGGCGUGUCGCGGACGUUCGGAAAUAUCCUGGACAACAACUUCGUCCCGUGGAAGCUGUAUCCUCGAUUGGAGCUCGAGAAGUCGGAGCCCAGCCUGCGACAGAAGGUUUACAUCACUCGCCUCGACCUCGUUCAGACCGCAGCGGACAAGCCGUCAGCGUUCAAACCCCUCGAUGACGAGCUUGACGAGUCCUACAGCCUGUCGGUAGGGGCCAACGGCACAGUCAAGAUCGUGGCGGUCUCUUCCAUCGGCAUCUUGCGGGGUCUCGAGACCUUUUCCCAGCUUUUCUACAAGCAUUCCAAGGGCCCGAUAUACACGAAACUAGCGCCCGUCGAGGUUAAGGAUUGUCCUCAAUACGCUCAUCGUGGUGUUCUCUUCGAUGUAUCGCGUACCUUCUUCCCCGUCGAUGCCAUUUACCGAACCAUCGAUGCGCUUUCAUGGAAUAAGAUGAACCGUCUGCACAUUCACGCGACCGACUCCCAGUCCUGGCCGCUGGAAAUCCCCUCGCUGCCAGAGCUCCACCUCAAAGGCUCGUAUGGCAAUGGGCUCACGUACUCGCCGGCAACUGUGACCGCCAUCCAGACCUACGCGGUCCAGCGGGGAGUCGAGGUCAUCUUCGAGAUCGACACCCCGGGACACUUUGGCGUGGUAGCCCUGUCGCACCCGGAUAUCAUCACGGGGUGGGGUGCGUCGCCGUGGUCAACUUAUUGUGCGGAACCGCCUUGCGGCCAACUCAGGUUAAACGAACCCAAGGUGGACCCCUUCCUCGACACGCUCAUGGAUGAUCUCCUGCCGAGACUGGCCCCGUAUUCGGCCUAUUUCCACACGGGCGGUGACGAGGUCAACUUCAACGAGUACAACCUGGACCCCUCGGUUGGUACCAACGAUUCGGCGGUGAUCCUGCCGCUUAUCCAGAGGUUCAUCGACAAGCACCACGCGCGAGUACGAAAGGCCGGCUUCGCCCCGAUAGUCUGGGAAGAGAUCCCGGCGAAUUAUAACGUGACCAUCGGGAAGGACGUGGUGGUUCAAUCCUGGCUCGGCGACGCGGCUAUCGAGAGCCUAACGGCCCAGGGCCACAAGGUUAUCUCGAGCAAUUACAAUUUCUGGUACCUAGACUGCGGGCGUGGCCAAUGGCUCAACUUCGCCGAGGGUGCGGUGUACGCAGAACGCUACCCGUUCAACGACUGGUGUAGCCCGUACAAGAACUGGCGCCUGGUAUAUUCGUACGACCCGAGGGGAGGUCUUUCGGCCGAGGCGGCCAAGCUGGUGAUCGGUGGCGAAGUGGCUGCUUGGUCGGAAGCGAUCGACGACGCCAACAUCGACCUGAUCUUGUGGCCACGCAGCAGCGCGGCCGGCGAGGUGCUUUGGUCGGGGCGGCACGACGCUCUGGGCCGGAAUCGCACACAACACGACGCGGCGCCGCGGUUGGCGGAGUUCCGGGAGCGCAUGCUCGCGAGGGGUGUGAAGAGCGAACCCGUCCACAUGAUCUACUGCACGCAGGGCCUGGACCCUACCUUGUGUCAAUUUGAAUAAGCAAGAGAGUUGUCGAUCUUGCCCUUCUCCGAAUGCUGAAUCUCUGCCGGGUAUGGGAUGUGACAGGCGACGAACGGCUCGGAGACGCAAAAGGAUGGAAAUAAUAAUAAGAACCCAACCGGACCCGCCGUCCACAUCUUGUAGUAACACUCUUCCCGCUACGCCGCCAUGUCAUUUGCUUGAUCACUGCAGCCAAGCCCGGGGGCACUCGCUCGUCAGCGCCAUGAGUGGUCGAUGCUGGUAGUGUACACGCUCGGG